GCCGAUAAACGACCUGCCCUAUUGGUUUUGCGUUAUCAAAACACUGUCAUCUGUACAAUUAAAGAUGGGGGAAAGGAUUCAAGUCCACAGAAGCUUUAUUUGUUCUUUUGUCAACUGCAAUGCCACCUUCAAUAAAUCAUGGAAAUUAGAUGCCCAUCUUUGCAAGCACACAGGUUUGAAACCCUUCUCGUGCGAGAACUGUGACAAGAGCUUUUGUACCCGCUACCAGCUCACCAGACACGGGCUGAGCCACAGUGGAGAGAAGCCAUACACGUGUCAGGCUGCAGGAUGCUCCGAGGCCUUUGUCACAUAUGCCAGCAUGAAGAAUCACAUGGCUCGCGUUCACCAGCACCAGGAGAAGUACUAUAAGUGUGACCAUGUGCACUGUGGGAUGGAGUUCAAUAAGAAGAACCAACUCAAAACACACAAGAUUAAACACACACAACUGCUGCCCUUUCAGUGCAUCUUUGAGGGCUGUAAGAGAGAAUUUGCUGCUCCCGGACAACUGAAGCGCCAUGAGAAAGUACACCAAGGUUACCCCUGUGCUGUGGAGGACUGUCCAUUCCAGGGGAAGACUUGGUCAGAGUAUCAGAAGCACAGGAAGGCUGUGCACAGAAUCGAGCUACAGUGUGAUAGCUGCAGUAGGAUGUUCCUGGAGGCAUGGUUCUUGAAGCAGCACCAGCUGCGGGUCCACUCCGGUGCGCCCAAGAGGGUGUUCCAGUGCUCCGACGCUGGGUGUGAGAAGACCUUCACCACCCACUUCAACCUGGAGAACCACGUUGUGUCAGACCAUGAGGGAAAGAUGGCGUUCUCCUGUACACACGAAGGCUGUGGCAAGCACUUCGCUAUGCAGGAGAGUUUGAGACGACACCGAGUGGUUCAUGACCCAGAGAGGAAAAAGCUGCAGAAGGUGCACCCUAAAAAGAGGAAGCCGUUGCUUCGGAAGACAGAGUUGGGGACAGCCUCCACACAGGUUGAGACCAGCAGACUGGCUGAUCAACUCCAUACCGCCAGCUUGGGCUACUCUACAUCAUAGCACCGCCAGCUUGGGCUACUCUACAUCAUAGCACCGCCAGCUUGGGCUACUCUACAUCAUAGCACCGCCAGCUUGGGCUACUCUACAUCAUAGCACCGCCAGCUUGGGCUACUCUACAUCAUAGCACCGCCAGCUUGGGCUACUCUACAUCAUAGCACCGCCAGCUUGGGCUACUCUACAUCAUAGCACCGCCAGCUUGGGCUACUCUACAUCAUAGCACCGCCAGCUUGGGCUACUCUACAUCAUAGCACCGCCAGCUUGGGCUACUCUACAUCAUAGCACCGCCAGCUUGGGCUACUCUACAUCAUAGCACCGCCAGCUUGGGCUACUCUACAUCAUAGCACCGCCAGCUUGGGCUACUCUACAUCAUAGCCGUGGGGGGGAAAUCUGUGGAACAGCAACCUAUUCUUUGCUACGUGUCAAGCCUUUUUGUUUAGUUUUCAAGAGCUGAAUUUCAGUUAUGUAUCGAACACUUAUCUAAUAAAUCCUCACCAAUGCA